UUAUCUGUAUCAAAAUGCUGUUUAACCUUUCAACCUUGUUGGAUCUCUCAUUGGGAAAACCAAAUAAAUUGGAUUCUGAAAAUUUCAAUCUUCUGCAUACAUUUCUGCAUAUAUUAUUAAAAAAAUUGGAUAUCAGUGAUAUGGUUGUUGAUUUAUCCGGUAAUUUAGGCGAAAGAACUUCUUCAUUAAAAAAGGAAAUGUGUUCGGAAUUAAUGCAAAUUACAAAAGAGAUCACUUUCGAAGCUAAUGGACAAAAUUCAACGGGAAAUGAUGGAGAAUGUUCAAUUGCAAAUUCAUCAAUAAGUUUGAUUCCAAACACACGUUUAAAUUCAACUGAAAAUAUGACGAUGGCGUCGAUUCAAUCAGAUUUACUUCGGAGGAUUGAAAGAUUGGAGAACAAUUUUCAAAAUAUUUCUUUAAGCAUAAACAAUUACGAUCAAACAGGAGCUGGCCAUGAAGAACUUUUAACAGAGAAAUCUCGAGUAGGCUCAUCAACAGCGAUUAAAGGCGAUGAAGCGAUAGAAGAAGAAAUAGAAAAAUUGAAGCAAGAGAUGAACAAUGUUUACGAAAAUACUUCAAUUAACAAAAAUGACUUUAAAGUCACAGUUCGUAAAAUUACUUCACAAAUUCGUAUUCUAAAACAGAAAAUGGAAGCUGAUGAAAAAGAGUUUGAAAAACGAAUGAAUUUGCUUUUAAGGCAAUUUACAGAGAAGGAAAAGCAACUUCUUGAAAAUCAAUCAAAUAAAAACGAUUUUUCUAGCAUCGAAGGACAAAAUCGGGAUUCAAUCAUCGGGACAAACAAUUGUGACUGCAGUGGAAGUUUCAAUUGUGAUUCAAUCGAAACUUAUGAACUUCUUGUUCAACUCGAAGAAACUUUAACUAACGAAACUAUUACCAAUUCCGGAAAGCAAUCGCUUUCGUCAAUCAUCAACUGUCUAAAUAAUCUCCAAAAGAUUAUUUCAGCCCACAAUAAUUACCUCAAUAAGUUACUUCAUGAUAUUGCUAUGAAAGCUGACAGAUAUCAAUUGGAAACUUAUCGUAUGGAAGUCAGCAAUUUCUUCAAUAACUUUCAAUCUAAAACUCAACCAACAGCAGCAGGGGGAGUUGAAGUUUUAAAUUUUCAAAAAACUCAUUGCAUUUCAUGUCAUCAACCAACAAACAUGUCAGUUUUGCCUUCAUGCUGUAAAGCUCAAACUUUUGGAUUUAGUUACAGUGGUGGAGAUUCUAACAAAACUAAAACACGAUUUGGAUCGAAACUUCAUCGUCGUGCUGGUGGAAGUCAUACAAAAGUAACAAAAGCAAUGGAUGUUCAUGCAGCAAGAAUGAAAGUUAAAAGAAUGCCAACAC